CGCACCUUUGCUUCACCUCGUGGAUGCUGGAUAAAAAUGAAUACAUUUUAACCCUCUUUUAGUCCAGUCCCAGUCACUAAUUAUAUUGGUUGCCACAAUAACAUCACGAACCUAUUCAUUGUCUGAACUAAGCUUUCUAAUUGACUCAAAACACAUUUACAUUUCGGGUAGGAAACAAUUGGACGCGCAUGCACGAAAUCUUUCCCAGGCAUUCCACAAAUAAAUCUCUUUGAGCUUUGUCCUGUAAAACGGCACAUAAAGAACAGCGGCCGAGACUAGUGCCAGGAGUUGGCUCCACUUGGUUUCCCAGGGCGGUCACAUUGACAUGACAGAGCAACCCCGAGCGCAGCACUCCGAAAUCGUCGCUACAGCACAAGCGCAGGGGAUGAUCCAUUGCGGAGAAAGGACACACGACCAAACGUCUCUGAAACGUCGUUGCUUGCUGCUAAACUGCCAGUGGAUGAUCUGACCCCAACACACCUGGGGAAAAAGGACCGACGGACCACUAUUUUCCUGACAUAAUUAGGCCUACAAUGCCGUCUUGCGCAAGAUGUCUAUGCUGAAACAGGUUAUAGUGCGCGAGAAUGGCCAGGACGCAGAGAAAAGCUUGGACUGGAGUUACAUUGAGUGGCUAGAGAACGAGAACAAGGAAGUGACGGUUGUGACCAAUGUCGAGACGCAAACUGUCUCAAAACCCACAGAGGAAAAGGAGACGCAGACCAGUAACCCCUUUAUCAUGCAUAUAGAUUUGGCCAGAACGCACUCCAAACUGAAACACACAUCUUUGGUCGAGGCAGACGGCUUGCUCACCCAGUUUGACCGACAGGCCCCGGCUCGCAUCUCCACCUCCCCAACCUUGAGGAGGAUGAGGAGCACGCGACGUCCGCAGGUGGACUUCCGGGACCUUGUGAGGAUGGACAGCACACAGGAGGAGUCGGGUAUGGAAGAUACACCGUCCCCGUUGAGUCCCCUCUCCCCAGUACAAAGGCACAAGUCUCCGCUGGCGGCCAGCCCCCCUCCCGUUGGAGAAAACCAUCUCGAUAAUCUGCCUAAUUCAUCCGCAGGCUGGGGGAAAAGCAGAUCGCAUAGAUCAAAGACUUUUGACAAUGGUAUCACUUGCACGAGACAAGGAUCUCUGGAUGCACGGAGUGUGCAAAGUGUUAGUAAAGACUUUGCAUUUCCUGAUGAUAGCGAUGAUCAGGACAAGGAGGCUUGCCAUAAUAGACUGCAGGAGAGGAGGCGGAGUUCUGUGGUGGUCAGUCUGCCCGGAUUGGAUGUUUCGCCGGGGGACCUGUUUGUGUCCAAUGGGGUGGCAGACCUACUGAACCUCUCCAACUUUUCAGACACCAAGAAACCCAGGUGGCCUUUCUCCAGACGUAGCACGACUAAAGGGAAGAGAACAUGCUCUGCCUCUGAUAUUGAGAAAUCUCUCUCAACGGAACAGAUUCAAGACUGGAGGGACACAGACUUCCAGAAGUACAAGGAUUGUUCUCUAGAAGAGUUCCUAAGGGACUGUGAUUCGUCUCAGCUGAAGUCUGAUAGUGACCCUCAGGACUACAAGAGACAUGAAGCCAUCUGGGAACUCUUCACCAGCGAGUGUGUUUACUUCCUGGAUCAGCUCAUGGUGCUCAAAGAGGUGUUUCUGGCCAUGCUGACCAACCUGCAGAUGAGGGACUGCCUGCCUGAUGUAGACUCCUGGAGGCUGUUUGCCAACCUCAACGAGCUGUGUCUGGUGAGCUUUGGCUUCCUCACCAGCCUGCUGCGUGUCAUCAAGGAGUCCUGGGAGAUCCCUGUGGCAGGAGGUGGGCCCAACCUGCUAAAGCUUCUCACUAAGGCGUUCCGGGAGAGCAUAUGCCACUGUCUGCAGAAGUACUGCCUCAACUAUUCCGCUGCACUAUUUUAUCUGGGCAGCCUGAAGAACAGAGAGGACUUUGGCUCCUACGUUAAGUGGUGUGAGAGGAACCAGGAGUGCCGGAGGCUGCAAUUGCGUGACCUGUUGGUGGCGCCGUUGCAGCGUCUGACCCGCUACCCCCUGCUGCUGAAGAACAUUGGGAAAAGGUGCCGGACGGAGGAGGAGGAGAGCGCCCUGCAGAGUGUGGUGGAGCAGGUGGACACCUCCAUAUGUGAUCUGGAGGGGAAGGUGAAAUGGCUGGACAACUACCAGAAGGUGAAACAGCUAAGAGAUUCCUUGGUGUGGCUGCCAGUGUGGGAGAGAGACAAGCGGGCCUUCGUCCCUGAGAAUCUGAAGCAUCUCCUAAAGUCUGUCACCCUUGAAAACCUCAUCUCUCAUCGGAGCCUGCUGCACAAGGGAAAACUAGUGCUUACAGAGAACGGCAAGCUGCAGAAUGUGUACCUGUUUCUGUUUGACGAGUUCCUCCUCAUCACCAAGAUCAAGAGGAACAAAAAGAAGUCCACAGGUCCUGAACAGAGUCCCCACCGUCCACCUCAGAACCAGGAGUUGGACCAGUUGCUGAAGGAGGGCUGUACCUUCACCGUCCUGGAUCAGCCCGUCUCGCUGGACCGCCUCCAGCUCAAGAACAUAGACCAACUCAACGCAGCAGCGUCAGGCCUACCCCAAUCCUUCAUAGUCAUGCACCAGAACCGCUACCAGCAGUGUAUCGCUGCCUUCAUCCUACAAGCUCCGUGCGAGGCCGUCAAGAGGGUGUGGAUGUCAGAGAUCGAGGGUGCUGUGGCGACGCUGCUGAGACUGGAUUCCCAGCAGCCUCCCCGGGUGAAGAGCUCCUCACUGUGGCUAGAGUCCUCCCAGAUUUGAGCAGUCUGACUUUCACUACUAGAACAGAGGACCACAAACACCACUUCUGGACAGCUGCUUGUGCCUGACCCCCACUAUAUGUGCUGAACCAUAGGUGGUUCUGAUAUUUUAUUUUAAUUAUGUCCUUUCCAGCACAGUUCCAGAAACUAGGUGGAUGGUGGAUGCGUGACCAGGCCAGCCCAGUACAACUUGGCUCAGUAGUGUGAAAGCUAUUAGUACAGACCAGCACAAAUACACUUGAUUGAGCUUUUAAACUCGCUACUGGCUAGUUGUUGAGACCCUUGAUUAGUUGAAUCAGGUGUAUUAGUUGGUGCUGGAACAAACACCUCUACACAUGAUGGAUCUCUCCAGUACCAGGGUUGGUGAACACGGCACUAGACUCUGGCUAAAACAAGGAUUACUAUAACUGUAUCAAGCACUGUGGUCCCUCCCAACCCCUGUAAAAUACUAGCAAGAGAACUUUUGUAAAAUUACUGUUUGCUUUGAAAGUGUAUUGCGGUACCAUAAUAGAUUACAAUACAAUUUUGAAAAUGAGAAGAUGACUGUUCUGUGUUGCUGAUGUGUGCUCAGAACACAUGUACACAUUCACUUAAACUGUGGAAAUGUGUCUGUGGCGAACAGUACAACAUAUACAGUCAUAACAUCACAAUAAGAGUACAACUGAUGUGUGUCAUUAUCAUCAUCAUCAUCAUCCCAGUGGGUAUCAAAACAUGAUACAUACUCUGGUUUAACACACUGGUAUAAAUAGACACUGACCACCAAGGAAAAUAGAAACAACUAGUUUUAUUUACUCUUAAUCAUGAUGGAAAAUGUUUACAAUAAAUGGUACAUCUUGGA